AUGUCGUCUCCUAAUCUAUAUAAUGAUGAUGACGAUAGCAAUAAUGAACUUGCAGAAGAAUUCAAAAAGCUAGCAUCCCUCGUUCCAACAAUUCCGAAAAAUCAAUGUUUAACUGAAUUAGAAUUUCUCGAAUUUGUUAUUGCCUAUAUUCAACAAUUACAAGAACUAUUAUCUCAUGAUCAAUGGAACGAAUGUCUUAAUCAUUUAACAUUAACAAUGAAAAAUUCUUUUGUUUCUUCGUCAUUAGAUACAAAUCUAUUGAUAAAAAAUGAAAAAUGUUUUCAACGUAAUCCAUUAUCAGCGAUUAAUCUUGAUACCAACAUACCUCAUCAUUCAUAG